UCUUACUGACAGCAGACUGCUGCAACCAGAGGAAGCCGGUAACUGUGCUUUAACAACCCCGUCUGUAGAGGAGGACCUUCAGUUGUUGUUGUUGUUUUUCUUGUGAAGAGAUUAAUUAGAGUCACAACAAUCUACAACUGGUGCUGUUUGCGUGUAAUUGAUGGUGUGAGGACCCGGUGAAGGGAGACUCAUGCGCAAACAUGCGGAUUUUUCUCCCUUUGCUGUGCGUUCUGUGCGCCCCAUCGGCCCACGGCAUUUUCGACGGAACCUGUCCAAGAAAAGACCCUCCCCCUGGUUUGUUGGUUUUAUCCCCGGGCAGUAAGUUGGUUUUGACCUGCAUUGGUCAUGUGGAGGUGGACGGAGUGAAGGUCAGAAUUCACAGAAACAGCUCAAACAUCAGAAGAGGGAGUACUUCUAAUGCAAUCCCAACCACUGUAAACAUCAUAAGCAAAACUGGAGUUUUAAUUAGAAGCAAAAAACAUACGGCAAAUAUUACUGUAAGUGAGGGGUACCAGUCUAAAUCAACAGGAGAAAGCAAAAGCCUCGGACUUCCAGAUACAGGAUAUACAGCUUCUACCACCACUCACACAGUCCGGCCAACCAGUGUGAGCAGACUGCUGAAGGGUGAAUCUGACUGGGAGGCUGGGGAGUACGAUGACUUGGGCGAUUAUGAGGAAGAGGAGGGAGGGGAGGAAGGCAGCAGAGUAACAAGGGGCAUAAGGUCAAGGCCGCAGUGGAAGUGGAAAGGUAUGACGGUGGGAAAAGGAGACAGAGACUGGGGUGGGAUCACAUUUGAGAGGAGAGGAGCUUCACUGUCUCUGUCCUCAGUGAGACUGACGGACUCUGGGAGGUACACUUGUAAUCACAGAGGCAGAGAGAUGUUCGCCGUGAAAGUAAACGUUGCAGAUCCUCCAGAGAAUCCCAGCCUGUCCUGCUACAAAAGGUCACCCAGCAGUAAGAUCCGCUGUGAAUGGGCUCCUCAGAAGCCAGUCACUAUGUGGCCUAACUGUUACCUCUUUCUCAGUAAAAGCCCCACGGAGGCUUUCAUUCGAUUGCAGUGCUCGUACUCAUCUCGCCGCUCCUGCUGCUGGUGUGCUCUGGACCACAAUGAGGACGAGCUGAGAACCCUUCACUUGGCCUACCUGUGUGUUACGAGCAUCACGGGAAAUGCCACCAGCAGCCUGCUGCACUUCUUACCUCUGAACAUUUUAAAGCCUGACCCUCCAUCGGAUGUGAGGGUUCGACAGGAGGAGGGACAGGAGAUGAGGAUGAAGGUUACCUGGAGUUGGCCAAACUCCUGGAAGUCUAAUGACAACUAUUAUGACCUAAUCUACCAGAUCCAAUACCGACCCCUCAAGUCCUCUUUAUAUUAUGGGCAGAUACAGAUUUUGAAGAAGCGCUCCUACACCAUCACUGAUGCGAUGCCUGGUGUUGAGUACUUGAUACAGCUCAGAACCAAAGAAGAGUAUGACGGUCAGUGGAGUGACUGGAGUAUACCUGUCUAUGCCAGCAGUUGGUUGUUGACAACAGCUAAAGGGCCGUUCGAGAUGAAGAAUGAUCUCUCUGCCACAACGUUUCCAGUAUACACAGACAACGAAGGCGGUUCUGGUACAGAUGAUGAUGUGUUUGUUGAUCCUGAACCAGUCCAAAGUGGUCCGGAGAUGUUACAUCAUAUCCUGUGGAUCUCUGGUUCAUUUGCUCUCUUGUCGGUCAUUUUGGCUGCCUACAUAUUCAGACACAGGGAAAGAUUUAUGUCUAAACUCCAGAGUCCGAGUGUCAUCACCCAGUGUGCGGACUCUCCGCGGCCUCCGCCUUCCGCAGCACCACCUCCAGAAGGACAGGCUCUGGUGACCUUUGCCUCUCCUCGUUACAAAAAAGCCCAGCAGAGUGAAGUGGAAGAAGGGGAAGAAGAAAAUGAAGAAGAAAAACAGCAGCUGAAGGAGAGCAUAGAAGCCAUGCACUUCAACAACACAAGUUAUUUCUUUCUCAGUAGGGACUGAUGAGUAGACAGAAAAAAGGGAAUAAAACUAGCCAGAUCCAAUGUCACGGAUGACUAAAGGAUAAUGGACCUAAAAUUGUUAUCGUUCUCCUAUAACCUUUUGCUGGAAGCAAACUCAGGAACCGCUUAUGAUCUGCCUCUCUUUCUACUGUUUUUUUAAAUAAUGCCUAAAAUACCUCUCAAAAGACUUUUUGCCAAGUUAAAGUGUAUUGAUCACAACUGUAGACUAGCUGUAGGCCUCAUUAUAGGCCUAAAGCUAGCAUAUAAACUCAUGUUCUGUUUGUAUAUAAUUUCUAUUAAGGUUUAUCAAAUAAAUCACUUGCCUACUGCCCUUUCAGUUUACACAUAAAACGUUAGAGAAGUAUUUCCAAAGUUGCUGACAAAAGCAUCGGUUGUUCAUCAGUUUUCCUCCCUUUUAGACUGAUUAGGCUGGGCUGAUUGUCUUGUUUAAAGUUAUGUGUUGGCCCCUGAACUCAAGGCUUUAGGAAUAUUUACCUCGUAAGAAUAAGAGCAAUUGAUAUGACACAGGCCUUUAGUUGGGUCCUGCUUUAUUAUCUGAUCUUGAGCAUCUGAUUUAAAGAUGGCCUAUGUGAUAAGAUAUAGUUUCAUGACCUCCAUUGCUUUAGUUUUGUGUUCAUAUGUUGCAUAUUCCUAAAUAAUUGAAUAAAAUCAAAUUACCACUCAGCAAACAAGGUGCCAUGUUGCCA